AUGUCUGAGGCAGACACCGACAUCGAGAGCAAGGAAGAUACCGAGUCUGGUAAACAGCUGUCAGGCAGCGAGGAUGACAGAGCGGACCAGCUCGAAUGGAACGCCUUAACCAUGGAGAUCCUGUCGGAGAGCCUAUCCCUACUCUGCAAGACAGGGACUGGACUCUCGCACGCCUAUGUCCGCGUAGACCUGAAGGAUCGUGGACUGACUGACAUUAACGCAAUCCGCUCCUUCAUCCAUCUGCGCUACGUCGACGUGUCGGUGAACAACCUGCAAGACAUCAGCCCCCUGGCCAACCUCAGCCACCUCCUGUGGGUAUGCGCAGACGAGAACUACCUGACCAGCGCCAAGAUCGAGCAGCUGCCCUUCCUUCAGGUGCUUAGCCUGGCGAAGAAUCGCAUCAAGGACAUGCAGGGCAUUACACACCCCCUCCUCGAAUCGCUAAUCCUGACAGGGAACCAGAUUAAUGAAAUGUCCGGACUGGACCCCUCCAAGCUAACUCAGCUGCACUCGCUCGAGCUACGAGGGAACCUGCUGGAGAGCACAGCAGGACUCAACCUGCCCAGACUCAGGAACCUCUAUCUGGCGGGGAACAGUAUCAGCAGACUGGAGGGUCUGGAGGCAUUGACAGGGCUGCAGACCCUGCAUCUCCGCGACAACCAGCUCGAAACCCUACGCGGAUUCUCUGAGACCAUGACCUCGCUCCAGUACCUCAACGUCAG